UGGGGUUGAAACACUACCCACCUAAUUGCCACUUGCUAUGUGAGACCCGCAUGUGGCUCCAUUCGUACCCGGGUUAACCCAAAACCCCGGCCGCCAACCACCCAUCAAAAAGCUACUUCUCGUAGCUGUUCUUCACUGUUGCUUCUUCUCCUCGGUCCCACAACCUCACCCUUCAUCUUUCAUUGUUUUCUUCUCCAAUUUUUCUUCGUCAACCAGCAUCGGAUAAUCCAAUUCUCUUCCAUUAUAAUAAUAUCUUCAUACCACGAUAAACCCAUUUCCCCAAUUUUCUUUUUGUAUAUACCACGUUGACGCUCCUGUCUGACAUAUAUUGGAGUGGUUAUCCAUCUUUUUCGUCCCCUGUUCUCAAUUUACAAAGAAGGAAUCAAAAUUCAUCUGGAGAAAAGAUGCCUGAGUGGUGGAAAUGGAAAUCGCCCAAGAACAAAGAUCAGAAGAAUCAAGAGAAGAGCUUGAAAGAUAACUCGGUUUUUAGCAAGAGUUAUCAGACGUUGAGCAGCAAAAGUUCAUUACCCAAUAACAUAAGUGAAAAGAAGAACAAUAAGAGCUUUGACGACGCUGUAUCGGCACGCGCCUCCCCACGUUCUUCAUAUACUGCUCCGUCGGCGUCUCCAUCUCGGUUUUCGGGUUUUGAUUCGGAUCGUAUAGGGCAUCCUUUGCCUCAGCCGUCCAUAUCACCGACGACGUCGGUCGUGAUGGCUGAUCUUCAAGGGUUUGCUUUGGGAUCCGGGUCGGUUUCUUCCAGUGGAGACUCUUCUGUUUCUUCAGCCGAUAAUCUUGAUCAUGGCCAAUUGGGUAUUUUCAGAGGAUAUGGGGAGGCGAAGUUUAGCCCUCAAUUGAAAAGCCCGGGAAGAGGGUCAAGGGCUCCAACCACAACCACAUCACCACUUCACCCAAGGUUUGUGGGUUCGAGUCUUGAAUCUCCUAACAAAAGGUUAGAUGAUGGAAAAAGUGAAGGACACAGGCUACCCCUUCCACCUACUUCACCUACUAGCCCUCCUGCUCCUUCUUCAUUACCAGGGACCCGAAUUUGUAGCUCUCCUAAUAGACCUUUGGUUGUUGGAUCAAAUGUGAAAAAUGUUGGUGUUGUUGAAACCUCAAAUUGUCAAGUGUCAAAAUGGAAGAAGGGGCGUUUGUUGGGUAGAGGGACUUUUGGGCAUGUUUAUCUUGGAUUCAACAGUGAGAGUGGGCAGAUGUGUGCAAUUAAAGAAGUAAAGGUUGUUGCUGAUGAUCAAUCGUCAAAAGAAUCUCUCAAACAGUUGAAUCAGGAGAUCACUUUGUUGAGUAAGCUGAUACAUCCCAACAUCGUUCAAUACCAUGGAAGUGAAUUGGGGGAAGAAACACUAUCAGUUUACUUGGAAUAUGUCUCUGGUGGUUCCAUUCAUAAGUUACUUCAAGAAUACGGGCCAUUUAGGGAGCCCGUAAUUCAAAAUUAUACUAGGCAAGUCCUCUCUGGACUUUCCUACUUACAUGGAAGAAAUACAGUACACAGAGAUAUUAAAGGUGCAAACAUUUUAGUAGACCCAAAUGGUGAAAUCAAGCUUGCUGAUUUUGGCAUGGCGAAACAUAUAACAAAUUGUACUUCAAUGCUCUCAUUCAAAGGAAGCCCAUAUUGGAUGGCACCCGAGGUUGUAAUGAAUACAAAUGGUUACAACCUUGCGGUUGAUAUUUGGAGCUUAGGAUGUACGGUUCUUGAAAUGGCAACAUCAAAACCUCCUUGGGGUCAAUACGAGGGGGUGGCAGCAAUAUUCAAGAUCGGAAACAGCAAAGACAUGCCAGAAAUUCCAGAUCAUCUUUCAAAUGAUGCAAAAUCUUUUAUAAAACAAUGCCUACAACGGGACCCAUGUUUAAGGCCCACAGCCUCUAAACUUUUGGAACAUCCAUUUGUAUGUGAUCAAGCUACAACAAGACUUGCAAAUGUCAACCUAACAAAAGAAGCUUUUCCAACUGCCUUUGAUGGAACUCGAACACCCACGGCUUCGGAAAUGUAUUCGAAUAGAAACACUCGUUCGUUUGAGGGAGAUUAUGCAACAAAACCUGUGUUGUCAACACAUAAAUCUCCAAUGUUGAGUCCAAGGCAUCAUGCAAGAGCAAUCACGUCUUUGCCGGUAUCCCCGAGUGCAAGCCCAUUACGACAAUACGGGCCCGCAUACGGAAGCUGUUACCUCUCGCCACCUCAUCCAUCAUAUGGUAUUAUCGGUCAAAGUAGCCACCCUUUGCCCGAUGUCUUUGCGGGCCCGGGUCGACCCAUCACAAAAACCGUACUUGACCCGUGGUACGAGAUCCCACAACUUAAAGCCCAAACGCCUAACAGAUCACCAAGAAGACAACUCGCUUGAGUUGUGAAAAGACCAUAAUAUCCAAAGGGAAGGAUAAACUUGUAGUGAUAUCGAAUGUUU